AUGGAGUAUACUGAGCAGUAUAUUCAGAAAAAGUCACAGAGUGUGCUUUCACAGAUGGAUAGUAUUACUUUUCCCAAAAAGAUUAGAGCAAGACUUGAUCAAAUUUCUAAUGUUAUUGCUAAAACCUGUAUUCAUCUAGAAGAAGAAAAUGUAAAAGUGGAAGAAAAAGGAUCAAAUGAUAUUUCCCAAAACACCCCUAUCAAAACAAAACAAGUUGAUAAUUGUCACACUACGGAAAGAAAUGUUUCAACUCAAAAAAUUAAUCUAUUAAGAAACUUUAAAUAUUUAUCUGUUGAUACUCUUCAAUAUCUCUCAAGUGGUAUCGACACUGUAGAAAUGACUCACCAAAUUCCAAUAACAAUGGCUAUAUUAGAAUAUGCUAUGCAAAACACUGAAAAAUUCAAAUUUCAAACUCUAGAGUGUCUUCAGUUAGGUUCUCUAUUGAUGGACGCAUUCACUAAAUACGAUAUCAAAGAGAAAAAAAGAGUAUUUGGAGAUACUAGUAUUCGAAUAAUGACUGAAAAAAAGAUUCAUCCCUAUUUACUAUUCAUGGAAAGUCAACGAACAGACUGUGACACUGUUUUUAGUCACAAGGAUUUUUUGAAAAUUUGUUUAACAUGUAGAUCUUCGCUCAAAUACACCACCUACCAAUUAUUUAACUCUCAAAACAAAACUAUUUAUGAUAGUACAAAACUAUCAUGUUUUGCCUUAUUAACAUGUCCAUCCACAGUGUUUGUUUUGAGAAUGGAUUGUGAAAAUUAUAAACCUGAAAAUGUAACAAGUAUGGUGAUGGAUAAAGCGUAUAGGCUUGGAUUCUCUUUGAGGUUAAUAGCAACUAUUGACAUGAAAAAAGAUCCAGAAUCACUACUUUCAGUAUUAUAUACUAUUUUUAGUUAUGGACAUGAUUUGACAUUAACAUUUAAUGGAGAACCAUGUGAUAGAAUUACUAACACUCCAAUAGAAACUAAAUUGAGAGCUCAAGAAGCUAAUAAUUUUACCUUUGAACGCUACUAUAAUAUUAUUACUGAAGUAUUUGAAAGUGAUUUUAAUGAGAUUAGUUUAAUUAUUAAAGUACUUAUUCAGAAUCAAUAUGAUAAAACGUACCAAUAUGAUUCGACUUUUAACGGGCCUAAAUAUGAGAAAACUGAUUGGAAACAAAAUUUCAAUACCUUUCUUGAACAACAUUCAGAAUCAACAAUUUAUAUUUUAUCAAACACCAAUUCAACACCAACUCUUGAAUUGCAAAGAAAAGGGAAUGAAAAAAUAAUAGUUUUUUUUAAAACCAAACGAGUCUAUGAUUAUUAUGAUGAUGAUGAAGAAACUGAAAUGAAUGAUAAUGUAGAAAAUAAUGAUGAAUUGAAUGAAUAUGAUGAACUUGGCGAUAUAUUGCAUGCCACAUGCUAUACAAAACCUUUAAAAAAGAGAAAAAACCUAAAAUCCCAAUCGUUACAAGAUUCAAAAAAAUCUAAAUCUAACACUGAUACUGAUAUGUUUUUACAAAGACCAGCUGGUAGCAAUGUUUCUAACACAGGAGAGUUUUGCUUUGAUAAAAAUAAUUCCACAAAUGAAACAAAAGAUUUGAAAUUAGACAAAUUAUUAAUGUUUGAUAUGACCAGUGAAUAUGAACAAUUAUUAUAUGAAUUAUUUAAUAUUAAUAUAAUUAAUAAGUAUUAUAGAAUAAGAAGAGAUUUAAAUCCAAAAGAAGGAGUAUUUUUAUAUUUGGAUGGAAUUUACAAUAAUAAGGAAUUCAAAAUUAGAAAUUUUGAAAAGGAAAUUUUUAAUGAAUUAUUUGAAAUGAUAAGAGAAAUGAAUUUAAACCCUUGGAAAAUUAUUAAUGAAAAAGAUUAUUGUUUACAACAAUUAGAAAAAUUACAAAAUAAUGUAUUGCAUUGGAAUAUUUCUGAUACUUCUUCAUCACCUACAAUUAAUAGUGAAAUGAAAAAUUCACAUCAAAUGAAACAAUGA